CAACCGCUGAAGCAAUGAAAGGGUUAAUGGUAAUCCCUUUCGCCUGUAGUUGGGAAUAGGCGGAGACUCCCAACUUGGAUGCAAACCGGAGAGACGAGCAAACUUGGAGGGGAAAAUCAGUACGAGUCGCAGGCUUGGAGUUGCGUGCAUUUGUCGAUUUUGGACUUUUCCGAUUGAUAUUCCAACGGGAUCUGGACGUGUCGGAUCGAAAAGAGAAAUAAAAUCGAUGGAGAGGUCGGGGAAGCGGGAUUAGUGUCAGCUAUGGGUGAGCGGGCAGGGACGUGGAAGGCUGCAGAGGCGUCCCGACAGUGUAACUCAGCGGACUGCACUUCAACAGGGCUCUAAACAAGGCUGUGGAGGAUUUGCACGGAAUGCCUCAAAGGAAUGGAAACUUGCCCGUCGCGUCUCUUGGAUCUUUUAUUAUGAGACCAGAAUAAGCGCUUUGGAAUAAGAGUUGAAAUGGUCAGAGUGCACUUCGGUCCACGACGACUGAACCCAGUGUCAAGCCGGGCAGGAAAGUAAAAAAAAUAAAAACAAAAAAAAAUCAACUUGAAAGCUCUAGAGAUAAAUUAAAAAACAAAAAACUGCCACUGUUUGUCAACUAAUAAACACGCAAAGUGCAGUCAUGUGGACCCCGAGGAUAUGGAUGUGCUGCAUGCUUCUGGAAACAUUUAUGCACGGUGUUCGAGGUCUCAACAUGUGUAUGGGUGGCAGUGCUACAUCCUGUGAAGAAUGCCUUCUCAUCCAUCCCAGCUGCGCCUGGUGCGCACAAGAGGAUUUUGGGAGGGGGCGGACGCUGACGUCACGCUGUGAUUUUAGUCAGAACCUGCAGAAGAGAGGCUGCGAGUCCCAGUUUAUCGAGUUCCCCAGCAGCAGCACCUCAGUCCUGAAAAACGUACCCCUCAGUUCUAAAGGGUCAGGGCCAACCCAGUAUGAUGUCACCCAGAUUAUGCCUCAGAAGAUCUCUCUCAGCCUGCGACCGGGUGACCAGACGUGGUUUGAGGUGCAGGUGCGGCAGGUGGAGGAUUACCCGGUAGACCUCUACUACCUCAUGGACCUCUCUCUUUCCAUGAAAGAUGACCUGGACACGAUCCGCAACCUGGGCACCAAGCUGGCCCAGGAGAUGGGCAAGCUCACCAGCAACUUCCGGCUGGGCUUUGGCUCCUUCGUGGACAAGAACAUGUCGCCCUUUUCCUACACAGCACCCAAAUACCAGGAGAAUCCAUGCAACGGGUACAAGCUGUUCCCCAACUGUGUCCCCUCCUUCGGUUUCCGCCACAUCCUGUCGCUGACGGACAAGGUGGACCGUUUCAACGAGGAGGUGCAGAAGCAGAUGGUGUCCCGCAACCGGGACGCACCAGAGGGCGGGUUUGACGCCAUCCUGCAGGCUUCUGUUUGUAAGGAGAGGAUAGGCUGGAGGAAGGAGGCCUACCACCUGCUGGUGUUUGCCACAGACGACGUGCCCCACCUGGCUCUGGAUGGCAAGCUGGGCGGCCUGGUCCAGCCUCAUGACGGGCGGUGCCACCUGGAUGGCAACAACGAGUACAGCGCCUCCACUAUGAUGGACUACCCUUCCCUGGCUCUCCUGGGGGAGAAAUUGGCAGAAAACAACAUCUAUCUCAUCUUUGCGGUCACCAAACGGUUAUACGUCAUUUAUAAGAAUUUUACUGCACUGAUACCGGGAACCACAGUAGAAAUCCUGGACCAGGACUCUAAGAAUAUUAUUCAACUUAUCAUCAAUGCCUACAAUAACAUCCGCUCAAAAGUGGAGCUGACAGUGUGGGACCAUCCGGAGGACAUUAGUCUGUCCUUCACCGCCACCUGCCAGGAUGGACAGCCUCUGCCGGGCCUCAGGAAGUGUGCCGAUCUCAAGAUAGGAGACACGGUGUCAUUCAACGUGAGCGUGGAGGCGAGGAGCUGUCCUCCCCGCGGCACCGACCAGAGCUUCACCAUCAAGCCUGUGGGCUUCAAGGACCGCCUGGAAGUGGCCGUGGAUUAUCGGUGUGACUGCAGCUGCAGCCGCACAGCAAGAGCCAACAGCAGCAUCUGCAGCUCCAUAGGGACCUAUAACUGCGGCACCUGUCGCUGUGAGCCGGGCUACCUGGGCGCCCGCUGCGAGUGCCAGGAGGGCGAGACCAGCAGCAUGUACCUCAGCGCCUGCCGGGAGGCCGAGGGCAAGCAGGUCUGCAGCGGCCGAGGGGAGUGCAGCUGCAACCAGUGCCUGUGCUAUGAGUCAGAGUUUGGCAAGAUCUACGGCAGCUUCUGCGAGUGUGACGACUUCUCCUGUGCCCGACACAAAGGCAUACUCUGCUCAGGUCAUGGAGAGUGCCACUGUGGGGAGUGCAAGUGCCAUGCCGGCUACAUCGGCGACAACUGUAACUGCUCCACGGAGACGUCCCCCUGCAUUUCAGAUGACGGGCAGAUGUGCAGCGGGCGGGGCAGCUGUGUGUGCGGCCGCUGCCAGUGCACCGAACCAGGGGCCUUUGGAGAUACCUGUGAAAAAUGCCCCACCUGCCCCGAUGCCUGUGGCACCAAGAGAGAGUGUAUUGAGUGCCGGCUUUUCAACUCGGGGCGGCUUGCCGACAACCAGACCUGCCAGCGCCUGUGCAAAGAUGAAAUCAUCACUGUGGAGACCCUCAAAACCGAUGACCCCGGCGCCGUGCUUUGUCUUUACAAGACAGACAACGACUGUGUCAUGAAGUUUACGUACUCCGAACACGCCAAUGGGCAGUCCGUCCUCACAGCUCUCCAAGAGCCUGAGUGUGGUGGUGGGCCAGAUGCAAUGAUGGUGUUGCUGGCCGUGGUGGGCAGCAUCCUGCUGGUGGGCAUCGUGCUGCUGGCCGCCUGGAAGCUGGUUAUCACCAUUCACGACCGGCGAGAGUUUGCACGCUUCCAGAGUGCACGCUCCCGCGCACGAUACGAGAUGGCCUCCAACCCCCUGUACAAGCACCCCAUCUCUACCCACGCAGUCGAGACAGACUUCAACAUGUACGGCAAGUCCUACAACGGAGGGGUGCACUGAUCCCUCUCCCCAGGGCACGGCAGGACCGGUCCAAGUAGCAGAACCCAGGAGGGGCGAGGCCGCGGUGGAAAAGUUGACUGAACACACCCGAGCCUCGGCGCAACUGAUAACAGAGGCGAAAUGAACCAAGACUGUGUCCGAGGGAAAUUUUGUGGCCUUCAUGUAUUUUUUUUUUUCUUUCCUUGCUGGGAGGAGAAGCCAGCCGACCACAGAGAUGCGAUGUGACUUCUGUUUUAGUCUGCGUAGUUUGCUGAUUGCAGUGGAAGUCGGCGGAGGAGCAGCGAAGCGUGGACUCCCGGGGCUUGUUUAGAGAGCGAGCGGGCAGAGUUAGCAAUGAGUUUGUCUAUAGUAAUAAGCCAGUUGGAUGUCGUAUAAGAGAAACAAACUCACACAAACUUGUUCACAAACACAAAUAACUCCUACCACAUAAAAAGCAGUACGCGUUCAUUGUACAGAAUAGGCAAGGCAUUGGCUUAUAUUGUAAUGUAUAUUUUUUUAAAUUUUGAAAAUGCCUUUUUCACUACCAACUAUGCAUCGUACAGUACUUCGCAUUCAACAAGUGGAACUUCAUACAGCAUCGUUUCAAAUUCACAAGGUUAUAAAAAAAAAAAACAAACAAACAAGCACAUAUUUUUGAAGGUGGCUGUGAUGGCAUUGUGGUACUACUAACAUUUAAUGAGCAAUAGACUUACUUCUUACCCUCAUUUUGCACAGAGAAUAUUAGGAGUCAGUCUCUUAAGGAUUUUCACUCUUUUUGUUGUGUUUGUGUGUUGUACGCUCCAGUUGCACUCCCUUCUCUUACUCUGUGUUGCAGGGUAACAACUUUAAAGGAUCACGCAAAUGUUACUGAAAGAUUUAGUCCAUUUACAACACAGCUGCAUUACUACCGACCACUUUCCAAAGCACACCAUCCUUCCUUUUUUGUUUUUUUUUUUUUUGUAGUGAAUACAGUUCCUCUUCUUUUAGUAUUCAAAUAUUGAGAUGAUGACGCUACCUUAAAAUUCUCUGCUGCUGCACCAGCAAACAUUUAAGCCUGGGAUUAAAAGUUGUGGACUGUAAUUAGUUUGUAAAUCAAUCUUUUUUUUUUCCACAGACUGUUCUCAUGCAGAGAUGUACAUUCUGCUGUGUGAGUGUCUUUACAUAGAAAGCAUUUCUGAGAUUGACAUAGAGGAGUGGCGCAUUCCCCUGCUGUUGGAUAAAUUGGAAAAGUUUCCUAUUUGUUAGUUGGCCAGACUCUUCUAACUUUUUAAUGAAAAAAGAGGAAGCAAAAUGCACAUCCACAGUGUCUGUGCUGGCUUAUUGUUCAUCUUCUGGGUUUUGGGAUUUUCUGACCAAAUAGAGCAUGAAUGCAGUGCUGUUUGCCAGCCAACUUUGAAGUCCCAGAUGUCAGAGCUUCCUACCAGCAUUUGAACACACCAUAAGGCAUUUCAGACAAAUAUCAGCGUUACGCUAAUUAUCAAACAGCAAUAAAGCCACUCUGACAAGAAAUAAUCCCAGGUAGGACAUUCACAGUGAUAAUUACCUAUUUCAAGCAUGCUUAGUUUCUGCAAGUUGAUUUUCUCUCUAUAGGGAAAUGAAUGGAAAUAAAUCACUGUCUGGAAUGUAGGAGAAAAUGUUCAAAUGUCUGAAAAAGUAUUGUGUGCUUUGGAAAUGGUCAGAGGUAAUUUAAGGUCCAUGAGAGUCCUUGUAGUAAAAAUGCACAAAAACAUUUGUAUGGUCCUUUAAACCUGCAGCCUCGACACCGUCAGCAAUCCCUGUCAAUCGCAAAUCAAUUCACAGAUUAAAUACCGUAUAAGCCAUAAUGUGGUUCCUGCCUUGCAUUCAGAUGACAAGAUUUGUUGGCGUCAUUAUCUGUGUCAGUAUACAGUAGAUCACAUCCUGGACUGUACACACAUUUGAGAGCAAAUAUGUAAUGGCCUUGAAUUCAUUUAGAAUUGGGCAAAUGACCCAGAAUAAGGUCCCGGUGUCAUGGUGUCCUCCCUGCCUGCUCUGGGAAGGGCGGACAGACCUGAACAACUUCAACUCGGGUCAUAAAUCCGACUCACCAUUCCCACAGGAAGAGGCGGGGUCUGGAAAUGGCAGUGGGCGAUUUGACAGGGAUUCAGAAUCCAUUAGGACGGGUCAGUCUGGAGUAGGGAGGGUGCUAUGUGGCCUUUUUUGUAAUGGUCUUUAAAAAAAAAUGAUGGAGACUUGCAGUUUGUGUGAGUGAGUGAAAGUGAGUAUGCAGCAGUGUGUGUGUGCGUGUGUGAGAGAGAGUGUGAGAUGAAGAGUGUGUAUAAACAUGUACAUAUGGUGCCAAAUGCAAUAUGAAAACUUGUUCAGUUGCCGAGUGUGUACUUGGCUUAACCGUGCGUCUUGGCAUGGCAUCAAAAAAAAAAAUGCACUGGCACACAAACUUUUUUCCGUUCAACCAUAAAGCGACAGUGCAGCAUUCAUCCUGUACAGUGCCAACCAUUUUCCCAUGGCUGCAUCGCCCACCAGCGGACUCACACUCCUACAUCUUUAUGUAAUACUGCGCACAGAGCAGAUAUGCAAAAGGACAAUAAACUGAUUUAUGUCAA